ACUCACCAAGGGGAAGGCUAAACAACUAAGAGCGGAGUCAACAGAUGCAAUCCCUGAGGGACUGCACCAGUAAAUGAGGUAAAAAAAAAAAAAACAACUGAGGACUGGUUGUUUCCACUACUUGUGCUUGUUAGGUGUGACUGGAGGAAGCGAUGAAAGUCAAUUAAAUUUCCUCAAGUGGGGCCAUGAAGCUAUGGGUCUGAUACUGGCCUUGGUGUGUGUGGAUGGAUCCUGGUGAUCACUUCACUUUUUUUCACUAUUCUUACAUUUCCUAUAUCGAUCUGGAUGUGCAUAAAGAUUAUAAAGGAAUACGAGCGAGCCAUCAUAUUCAGACUUGGACGCAUCCUAAAAGGGGGAGCAAAGGGACCAGGUUUGUUUUUUGUCCUGCCCUGCACAGACAGCUUCAUCAAAGUUGAUAUGAGGACCAUCUCUUUUGAUAUUCCUCCCCAAGAGAUCUUGACCAAGGACUCUGUGACGGUUAAUGUAGACGGCGUGGUUUACUACAGAGUUCAGAAUGCCACCCUUGCUGUGGCAAAUAUCACCAAUGCUGACUCGGCCACCCGUCUCUUAGCACAGACUACUUUGAGGAACGUUCUGGGGACCAAAAACCUCUCUCAGAUUCUCUCUGAUCGUGAAGAAAUCGCACACAGCAUGCAGACCACCCUUGAUGAGGCAACAGAUGACUGGGGCAUUAAGGUGGAACGUGUGGAGAUCAAGGAUGUGAAAUUACCUGUCCAGCUGCAGAGAGCGAUGGCUGCGGAAGCAGAAGCUGCCCGGGAGGCGAGAGCUAAGGUAAUUGCUGCUGAGGGUGAAAUGAACGCUUCCAGGGCCCUGAAAGAGGCAUCCAUGGUUAUUGCGGAGUCCCCUGCUGCUCUCCAGCUUCGUUAUUUGCAGACCUUGACCACCAUUGCUGCGGAAAAGAACUCCACCAUCGUCUUCCCCUUGCCCAUAAAUAUGCUGCAGGGCAUCAUAGGUGCAAAUCGCUAGGCAGAGGGGGAGGAGGGAGCUUGGGGGGGGAGGGUUUGCUGCAGUGAAUGUUUGCAACACUGAAUUCCCUGUGUAGCGUAGCUUAUGGCGCUGUUAACAAAGCGGAUUUGCUGUGGAACCUCUUCUGUUACACUAUGUGUGUUAUAAAACUUCUGUGUAAUGUUUGUGAAUAUGGACAAUCAAAAUCAUUUGAAAUUGAAAGCCUCUCAAAAUGCAUACAAGCAGGUAUCUUAAUAAGCAUCUGUCCUGGAUGGGACGCCUUCAAUCUCUAACCUGCCAUUUUCAAAUAGCAUAUAAAACCAUUUGUGGGGAAGAUGAGACGACCCAACAGCUGGCAAGAGAAGUUUUCCUUUUAAUAAAUGGGUCUGUAGCCCGGCAAGGGAAGCGGAGCAGCCCUAACUGUGCUCUCUUGGGGCAUAGCUGCAUGUGAUGAAGUCGGCCAGUUGCUGUCAGGUGGAUGGGUUCUCUAGGUUACGCCAGGAAAAGGAAUGGAAGCCGAUACAGGAGCGAGAAUACUAAACUGGGUACUUCCGAAAUCAGGCUCGUAUUCCCUAAAUAGUCCCCCGCUCCUGAGAACCAGUUGUUAGCCAGUGUCACUGUAGUGGAACUUCCCAUCUCUGUUCUGGCAAACAGAAACAGCAUAACCAUGCUGUGGUUAUGGAUACGACGUGCUUGCAGUCGCUGCGGGGCUGUUCAGGCGCUACGUGGUGUGCCUGUACAGAUUUAUGCUGCUUCAGAGCACUGACGAGUUGUUGGGUCUGCCUGGAUCUGUCCCUCUUUAAAGUGAUUGAAAAAAGCCAAAGUACUGAUGCCUGCAUUUUAUCCAGGUCUAAAACCUGUGUCUCUGGGAAGUGAGAUCUCUGUAAUUAGCCGGGGGGGGGCGUGUGUUUCACAGAAGAUGCUGUCCUGUUUAUGUAGCUGCUCUAAGAAAUCAGCCCUUUACCUGUUGGUGCUGCUGCUGAGCAGACCUGGACCAUUCGCUGUGACACCAAGGGCUCAUACUGAGUACCAAAAGCAUGUUAUCUUCGUUGGUGUGGUCUUGAGCUGUAAGUCUGUUAGGCUGUAUUCCUAUGUUGUACCUGUGCAGCAAAUGUAGUUACAGAUCAAAAUGAGAAGAAUUUGGAGUCUGCAGGGGAGGCUUUAGGCUACCACUGCCAAGGUUGGCAUCUGGUCUUUAGUUACGGGGAGGUGGUAAUGAAAACAAAAAGCCAAGAUCAAUGAUGCAAGUGUCCUUCUCACACUGGCCAGCAAAAAGUUCCUGACUUGUUUUUUUUCUCCUUGCUACUGCCGUCAGUCUGUACUGACAGAUAUUUUAGCGAGGCCGAGUCUGUUUACCUGUGCCUUGACACGCUGUGCCUUUGUCGCUGGUAGGGGGAGAUGCCCAAGCGCUGCAGGGGCGGGAGCCGAGGGGCGCUGUUUCUGCCCUGCCUGUUUGCUGUGAGCUUGCUUUUUUGCCUCUAUAUC